AUGGCGUGCUGGAAGGCCAAGCUCCGCUGCACGAUGCUCCAGUGCGGCUCGUGCCUCUCUUGCGUCGAGCGCGGCCGGCCGUGCAUCCCCCGCGUUCGCAUGAAGCGGCGGCAGACCCGCGAGCGCCCGCCCUACCCGAGCCUCGACCUGGCCCGGGCGCAGGAGGCGGCGCUGCAGUCUUUGCCGCCGCUGCCGCCGCUGCAACCCAUGCCGCCCUCGGCUGUGGGCCUCGAAGACUUGUGGGGCGGCGCACAGGGCCUUCAGCCCGGCGCCGCCCCCAACUCCCCGACGGUGGCGGGCCUGCCGGCGGUCGCGCCCGUGGCCGCGCCCGACCAGGCGUCGCUGACCGCUGCGCUCUGCUCGUCGUACUCGAUGCACCUGCAGCGGUCGCUCGCCGAUUCGAUGUCCCUCUCGCAGAUGCUCGCUGUGCACGACGGUUGGCGCGGCGGCGGCUCCACCGACCUGAAGGUGCAGGCGGCCGCGAUGAUGUCGGGACAGGC